AUGUCUGAACUCGGCCAGAACUCCAACGAAGACGUGUGUCCUGAGGACAUCGAUGAAGAUGAAAUCCUGGCAAACCUGUCCCCUGAGGAGCUGAAGGAGCUGCAGAGUGAGAUGGAAGUCAUGGCCCCAGACCCUGAAGUCCCAACUGGGAUGAUACAGAAGGAUCAGACAGAGAAAGCCCCCACGGGGAGCUUUGACCACAGGUCCCUGGUUGACUACCUGUACUGGCAGAAGGCAUCCAGACGCAUGCUCGAGGACGAGAGAGUUCCUGUCACCCUCUUGCCCUCUGAGGUAACGAGCAAAAAAUCACAAAUAUUUAUUGAGCAUCUGCUCUGGGAGCUGUUUUAUAGCUUUAAUACCUUAACCUGCUUCUGCUUCUGUCCCUUACAGAAGCGCUGCAGAGGAGAUGGAAGGAAAGGCCGGCGGCAGCGGCGAGGCGGCCGGAGCGAGGAUGCCGGGAGCAGAGGAAAAGAGAGACAUUACCAAAAUGAGCAUGUGUCCAACUCAGGAACACAACUGGGGGAGACAAAGGAAGAUGGAAAUGAUAAAGAGAGAGGGGAGGAGGAGGAUGAGAAAGAAGCAGCAGAGGAGGAAGAGGAAGAUGAUGAAGAGGAGGAGGAAGAAGAAGAGGAAGAUGAGACUGAAUUGCAAACAAAGGAGAAUUACACCAAUGACAACUGUCACACUGAUCAGAUAAGUAAGAAACUGAGUACAGAGCCGGGAGAAAUCGACGAAAAGCCAAAUGAAAAUGUAAAGAAAAUAUCAAAAUUGAACAUCCCCCAAAAGUUAGCGCUGGAUACCAGCUUCAUGAAGCUCAGUGCCAGGCCUUCAGGGAAUCAAACCAAUUUAGAAGAGAGUUUGGAGAAGGUCCGAAAAAACAACCCAGAUGUGAAAGAGCUCAACCUGAACAACAUCGAAAACGUCCCCAAGGAAAUGCUGAUAGACUUUGUCAAUGCCAUGAAAAAGAAUAAGAACAUAAAAACGUUCAGCUUGGCCAACGUGGGGGCCGAUGACAACGUGGCGUUCGCGCUGGCCAACAUGCUGCGGGAGAACAGGAGCAUCACCACGCUGAACAUCGACUCCAACUUCAUCUCCGGCAAAGGGAUCGUGGCCAUCAUGCGGUGCCUCCAGUACAACGAGACGCUGACGGAGCUCCGCUUUCACAACCAGCGGGGCAUGCUGGGCCACCAGGCGGAGAUGGAGAUCGCCAGGCUGCUCAAAGCCAACACCACCCUCCUCAAAAUGGGCUAUCACUUCGAACUGCCGGGGCCCAGGAUGGUGGUGACCAACCUGCUCAGCAGAAACCUGGACAAGCAGAGGCAGAAGAGGCAAGAGGGGCAAAGGCAGCAGCAAAUGAAAGAGCAGAAAGAGUUGAUAGCGAUGCUGGAGAACGGACUUGGGUUGCCUCCCGGGAUGUGGGAAAUGCUGGGGGGACCUCUGCCCCAGCUGAGGAUGCACGAACCCCCACAAGCCCCGAAACCACCCGUCCCUGCAGCUGUGUCCCUGAGCAAAAGGCAGGAGAGCAGGAGGCAGGCGGCCCCGGAGCAGCCCUGCAGAGAGAAACCCAUCAGCUUCAAAGUGGUCAAGCUGAAGAAGACUCAGCGCAAACCCGCCGUGCCGGAAUACGUGGAACCCGCCGAGAAAACCAACCUCAAAGACGUCAUCAAAACACUUAAACCGGUCCCCAGGAGAAGACCUCCUCCCCUCGUGGAAAUAACCCCGAGGGAUCAGCUCCUCAACGACAUCCGUCAGAGCAACGUCGCUUAUCUUAGACCGGUGCCGUUGCCAAAGCAGCUGGAGUGA